CAACAUGCAUAUAAGCAGCAGCUCCGGGUCGCGUUCCCCGGGCUCGUACGAGUAGACCACCACACACGCGUCCGAGGUCGAAGAACCUCGACACAUGUACCAGUCGAGAAGGAGUACGGACGACGAAGUCAACAUCCAAGAAGAUACAAUGGCGGCGACGUCGUCCAAGGCAACGGGGCCAUGGAGCAGGCUCUCGGAGGCCGAGGCCGCCGUGAACCGUGCCGUCGCCGGGAGCCACGUGGGGAGGUACUUCAAGCUGGACGCGCGCAAGAGCUCCUUCACCAAGGAGCUCCGCGCCGGCGCCGCCACGUUCCUCACCAUGGCCUACAUCAUCUCCGUGAACGCCGCAAUCCUGACCGACUCCGGCGGUCCGUGCACGGCGCGGGACUGCACCCCCGUGGCCACCGCCACCAACUCGACGACCGCGGACUGCGCAGUCGUCGGGGCUAAGGCUAACCCGGGGUACCAGCAGUGCCUGGCGCGCACCAAGAGCGACCUGAUCGUGGCCACGGCCGUGGCCGCGAUGGCCGGCUCCUUCGCCAUGGGGCUCUUCGCCAACCUCCCGCUGGCGCUGGCCCCCGGCAUGGGCGCCAACGCCUACUUCGCGUACAACAUGGUCGGCUUCCACGGAUCCGGGCCCAUCGGCUACCGCACGGCGCUGGCCGUCGUGAUGCUGGAGGGCCUCGUGUUCUUCGCGCUGUCCGCCGUGGGACUCCGGUCCAGGCUGGCGCGGAUGAUCCCGCGGAACAUCCGCCUGGCCUCGGCGGUCGGCAUCGGCCUGUUCCUGGCCUUCACGGGGCUCCAGGCGCACCAGGGGGUCGGGCUCGUCGGCGCCAGCCCGUCGACGCUGGUCACGCUGGCCGCCUGCUCGGACGUGGACCCGGCCACCGGCGCCUGCCUCGGCGGCACCAUGCGCAGCCCGACGUUCUGGCUGGGCGCCGUCGGCUUCCUGAUCACGGCCACGUGCCUGGGCAGGGACGUGAAGGGGAGCAUGAUCUACGGCAUCCUGUUCGUCACUGUGGUCUCCUGGAUCAGAGGCACCAGCGUGACGGUGUUCCCGGACACGGCGGCGGGCAAUGCCGGCUUCGACUACUUCAGGAAGGUGGUGGACUUCCACGUGAUCCGGAGCACCGCGGGGCAGCUCAGCUUCGGCGGCUUCCGGCACGGCAACGUCUGGCUCGCCCUGCUCACGCUCCUGUACGUGGACGUCCUGGACACGACGGGGACAAUGUACUCCAUGGCAGAGUACGGAGGGUUCGUGAAGGAAGGCGGCGGGUUCGAGGGCGAGUACCGCGCGUUCCUCGUGGACGCCGGGUCGACGGUGCUCAGCGCGGGGCUCGGGAGCUCCACGGUGACCACCUACAUCGAGUCCACCGCGGGGAUCCGGGAGGGCGGGCGGACGGGGCUCACGGCCAUCACCGUGGCCGCCUGCUUCCUGGCGUCCCUCUUCUUCGGCCCGCUGCUGAUGAGCGUGCCCCCGUGGGCCGUGGGCCCGUCGCUGGUGCUGGUAGGCGCCAUGAUGAUGCGCGUCGCCAGGGAGAUCGAGUGGGGCGACAUGAAGGAGGGCGUCCCGGCGUUCGUGACCAUGGCGCUCAUGCCCCUGUCCUUCUCCAUCGCCAACGGCAUCAUCGCCGGGCUGGGAGUCUACGUCGCGCUGCACUGGUACGACUGGGCGCGCCACGGGUACGGCAAGCUGAGGAACGCGCUGGACGAGCGCCGGAACCAGGUGGCCGCCGCCGCCGCCACCGCCACCGCGGGAGAAGUCGGCCCGGCGGCGCAGGGCAUUGUCUGAGCUAGGUCCGAUCCGACGUGUAAGGCCGUAGCAGGUCAUGUUGUUUAUAUAGUAGAUUGAUCCCUACAUUAUUACUAGCUUUUUAGCUUGGUCCUCUGGAUUAGGAGUUUGGGUUGGUGCUGGGCCCUACGUACCCCUGUCUGUGUAUGGUAAUGGAGUGGGAACAGCUGAACGGACGGGGCCUGCUGGGAGAAGAGAAGGAGAAUAGGAGAUUCUUGAGGUGUUUGUACUUUGACC